CACAACUGUUUCUUUCUUCAUUCUGCUCGCAUCACAUCGUCGGCUGUUUCCUCCAACACGUUUCACACUUUGCUUUUAACAGAUUAAUAAUUGAAAAUGAGUGGAGAUCGUUCCCACAACGAUAGCCAGAUAGACUCCGGCUCUCGGGUCAUUGAUUCUCAUAAGCAUAAAGAUAAGUACAAGGAUAAAGAACACAAACACAAGGACCACAAGAAGGACCGGGAGCGUGAGAAAUCAAAAUAUGGCAACAGUGACCAUAAGGAGUUCUCGGAAAAGAAACACAGAGAAAAGGAGCGAAUAAAGCACGAAGAUGUCAGCACAGACAGACACAAGGACAAACACAAGGAAAAAGACCACAGGAAGGAGGAGAUCAAGCCGAAGAAGGAAAAAGAGAAUGGCUUUGCCAGCCCUCAUCGCAUUAAGACGGAGCCGGACAAUGAUCACUUCUACCACUCUCCCAAGUCCCUGAAAAGACAGCGUGACAAUGACGAAACUGAAUUCAAGCCCAAAAAAAUUAAAAUUGAAAAUGACAGAGUGGACAAGAAAGCAAAGAAGAGGAAACAAGAUGAGGACAUCAAGCCCAAAAAGACACAAAAAAACAAGAAAGGGGAAGUUGCUGACGGGAAAAAGAAAGCAAAGAAGGAGCCUGAGGAGAAGUGGAAAUGGUGGGAAGAGGAGAGGGCAACUGACGGUUCCAAAUGGAGGUUUCUGGAACAUAAAGGCCCAGUCAUGGCAGCACCUUACGAAACUCUUCCCAGCAAAGUCCGAUUUUUCUAUGAUGGGAAGCAGAUGAAGCUCGGCCCAGCGGCUGAGGAGGUGGCCACCUUCUUUGCCAAAAUGCUGGACCAUGAGUACACUACCAAGGAUGCCUUCCGGAAAAACUUCUUCAAAGACUGGAGAAAGGAAAUGACCUCGGAGGAGAAGUCUAAGAUCACAGACCUGAAGAAGUGUAACUUCAAUGAAAUGGGGGAAUACUUCAAGGCUCAGUCUGAGGCCAGAAAGGCCAUGACUAAAGAUGAUAAACUGAAAAUCAAAGUGGAGAAUGAACGCCUCCUACAGGAGUAUGGCUUCUGCAUCAUGGACAACCACAAGGAGCGCAUUGCUAACUUUCGCAUUGAGCCCCCGGGCCUGUUCCGUGGCCGAGGAGACCACCCCAAGAUGGGCAUGCUGAAACGCCGCAUCCGCCCUGAGGACAUCAUCAUAAACUGCAGCAAGGACUCCAAGCACCCCAAGCCUCCCCCUGGUACCAAAUGGAAGGAGUUGCGUCAUGACAACAAGGUGACCUGGCUGGUGUCGUGGACAGAGAACAUCCAAGGCUCUAUCAAGUAUAUCAUGCUGAAUCCCAGCUCAAGAAUCAAGGGAGAGAAGGACUGGCAGAAGUAUGAGACAGCCCGAAAUCUGAAGAAGUGUGUGGACCGGUUAAGGAACCAGUACCGCGAGGACUGGAAGUCCAAAGAGAUGAGGAUCCGACAGAGAGCCGUGGCACUCUACUUCAUCGAUAAGCUGGCUCUGAGAGCAGGUAAUGAGAAGGAGGAAGGGGAGUCUGCGGACACAGUGGGCUGCUGCUCCCUCAGAGUGGAACACAUCAACCUGUACCCCGAGAAGGACGGCCAGGAGUUUGUGGUGGAGUUUGACUUCCUGGGUAAAGACUCCAUCCGCUACUACAACAAAGUCCCUGUGGAGAAGAGGGUAUUCAAGAACCUGCAGCUGUUCAUGGAAAACAAGCAGCCAGAGGAUGACCUCUUUGACCGGCUCAAUACCUCCAUUCUGAACAAGCACCUUCAGGAGCUGAUGGACGGGCUGACGGCCAAAGUGUUUCGUACCUACAACGCCUCCAUCACUCUGCAGCAGCAGCUGAAGGAGCUCACCAGCCCGGAUGAGAACCUUCCAGCCAAGAUCCUGUCAUACAACAGGGCCAAUAGAGCUGUGGCCAUCCUGUGUAACCAUCAGAGGGCCCUGCCCAAGACCUUUGAGAAGUCCAUGCAGAACCUCCAGACUAAAAUUGACGCAAAGAAAGACCAGCUGUCUGACGCAAAGCGGGAUGUGAAGAGCGCCAAGGCUGACCUCAAAGUACGGAGAGACGAGAAGUCCAAAAAAGCUGUGGAGACCAAGAAGAAGGCUGUGGAGAGGCUAGAGGAGCAGCUGAUGAAGCUAGAGGUGCAGGCGACGGACCGUGAGGAGAACAAGCAGAUCGCUCUGGGCACCUCCAAACUCAACUACUUGGAUCCACGCAUCUCUGUGGCCUGGUGUAAGAAGUGGGGUAUCCCUAUCGAGAAGAUCUACAACAAAACUCAGCGUGAAAAGUUUGCCUGGGCUAUCGACAUGGCAGAGGAUGACUAUGAAUUUUAAAUCCUGUUUGCGGUUUUAUAAUUGUGAUUUCUAUUGUAAUUUUAUUGGAUACUUGUUUUUAGCUUAACCGAUUAUACAGAAUGGCCAGCCUGACAAGGAAAUUAUAGAAUGAGUGUACACUCAACAAGCAUGGUGAGGUUGAAUGUCAGGGGUCAGGACGUAUAGGCCAUUACAGAUGAGCUGGAGGGAGGGGGGACGAGGUGGGUUAGUCUGAGGUCUGGUCGGACGUCAGAUUCAAGGGCAGAACUAUACCCAUACCCAAAGGUGACGCGGUAAUCUCUAUGAUUGGAUGAGAACCAGUGGAUUGCCUUUUGGUUCUCUUCCUCUUCAGCCACAUGCACGACUUAAAGGUCUUUGAACUCUGGGGUCCUAUUGCUACUGUAUUCAACAAAAAAUGACUGCUUUGUGUAUUAGAUUUUAUUAUUUUUUUGUUCACUUGGUCUGUAUUUUUAGCCCUCCCAUGUAUUAUUAAUGGAUUCUAUAUUUUAAUAGAGAGAACAGUUAAAUCAAAUGAAAUCCUGAAGUACACCCAUGCGCCUUUGAGGAAAUUACAUGUGAUCUCUAGGUAUGAGUUGUAGGGGGGAUAAAGACCAUGAAAGCUGUGUUUUGGUGAGUGUGAUGUUUUAAACUGGACUAUGUUGAUUGUGUACCAUAAAGAGGAUGCGUUGACACGGAAGGGAAAAUGCUACACAUGUCAAUAUUUACAUAAGCAGGUAGGAUGUGAUUAAUUUGUUUUACAGUAUCUAUCAGGGACUGAUUUUCAAUGUAAAUGUGAACCAAUCAUUUAAUUUUUCUCCCCUUGUGUUGCCAGCAUCCUCUGGAUCUUUCUGCAUAGUCUAUUUGGUUUUAACUUUAUAAUUUCUAAUGAUUGUUUGAGUGGAAAACAACUCCCUUAUCUGUUACUUGAAAAAAAAAAAAAAUGCUAUUUUAAUUUAGUUCAUUGAAAAUAUAUUUUUCUUCCAGAAGGGUAUGUGAGGGAUAUCAACUUUGCCAAAAAAAAUACCAAUCUGUUACAGUUUAGGCAGUUAUUUCUUAAAUUGUGUUAGACUGAGGAUGAAGAACAUUAACAGGAGUUUCAAUGUGAAUUUUAUUCCACUCUAGUGUUUUUCAACCUCUUCUGUCAUAGCCUCCAAUCAUGUUCUUGUUUUAUGCUCAUUGUAGGUUGAAAAUGAAUAAAACCCCUCAACUCCA